AUGGUCAUUUCUCCUAGAAAAAUCUCUUCAAAGGCUGCUGCCCUGCAGGACAAACAGGUGUUGGGCCUGGCCUUGGACAAUAGGCUCAGAUUAGAAAAUAUUUACAUUCGAGUCAAUGGAGAGCUCAGAGCUGCCUCCUUGGAAGCUUGUAGCACCAGUCCGGAACCCUCAAUAACUGGACCUGCUGGACGGGUCAUAGUGGCGCCUGAACAGGGACCCAAAGUACGUCAACUACCGGAAACCCUGGAAAAAGGAGGACCCCGCAGACUGCAUCGCUCAUGUGUUGCUGGAGGGGCAGUCUUGGAGAGGCCUUCAGGAAACUCAGUUUCAAGCCAGCCCGUGAUAGGAAGACACACAAGAAGUAUGAUACCCAACAAAUUACAAAAGAGAAGAAGACAGAUCCAGGUUGCCCCAAAGAAGAUAAAGUCCAAACACAAAGAUAGUCUUACGUCCAUACUUUCUCGGAGGAUGACUAGUUGCAUCUUUCAAAAACCUGUGACCAUAAUAACUUCACACCCUGAGAAUAAAACCAGGUACAGGAGAGAGGAAGCUCAGCUGAAGAAACCCACACAGCUCUGUGCAUUGAAGAGAUUGCAGAACUAUCAAGUUGGAGACAGUAAAGGAGGCCUAUCAUGUCCAAUGAAGUUUACCAUCCCCAUAGAAAUAAUUGCACUGGGAAUGCAGGAUGAAGCCAACAACCACAGUGGUAUUGAGGAUCUGCUCACUCCUGGAGAAGCCACCUCUGUCCAACGCCCAUGCUUGGAAAAGACUGAGCAAGUGGCUCUUCAGUUGUCACCUUCUUUCUCCAGUCAAGGGGUAACAAUGCCACUGCCCCUUCAUCUGUCACCAUCUUACUGCAUUCAAGUAACUAAGGCAGACAUCCUGAGACAGACCUGGAAGGUAAAGAAAGCCAGGCAGAGACUGGCAGAAGCCUUGAAGGCAGACAGGCUUGCCAGGCAGGCAGAGAACAUGAGGGAGCAAAGAAGAGUGGAAAACACGCGUUGA